AAUUAAGAAUAUCACAACUUCAGACUUCAGAGAGUUAAUAGGCUACAGGUCGAUUGAUGGAAAAUUGGCAUCAGAAGAACUUCAAUACCGGAGACCCAGGUCCCGGGUAAAAAAUUUGGUUAUCUUAGCUUAAUAAUUAACUGUUACUGAACUAAAUUAAGCUCUUUUUCCAGAGAGUUCUUCCGUCCCUUUGUGUUUAUUUCUGGGCACGCAAAGGGAUUUGUGAAAUUCAAGCCUGUUAUCGUCAUUCAAUGGCUGUUUCUUUCUGCAACCACUCUCUCCUAACCCCUCCACGCCCCUCUUCUUCAUUCUCCGUAAAGCCCUCUAAAAUUCUACAACCUAAACCUCUAUUGCCUCUCCGAUCUCUCCAUCAUAGACCUCGUCUUUCAAAUCCCAUCAUUGGAUUCCCUCUCUCCAAUUCUUCUCCACUCAGCAACUACUACUCCCAAUCGCGUUCCUUCAAGGCUUACCUCGCGGCCGAAGAUUCUGCACUUACUGAGGAUCAUCGAAAUGAUGUUAAAGCAUCAGAAGAAAAAGCAGAUGGCGAACAGUCAUCCAGUUUAAAGAACCUUAUUAGAAUUUAUAAAGCGGCUAUUCUUCAUGGAGAUGAGAGGAUUGUAUUGGACAUUGAGUCUAGGAUAAAGGAUAUAGAGAAUGAGCAUACUCAAUUAAUGCAGAAAGUUUCAGCUUUAUCAGCAGAAAUAACAUCUGGCAAGGAGAAAACUAUUCGCUUGCAAGCAGAUUUUGAUAAUUUUAGAAAAAGGUCAGAGAAGGAGAAGCUUAACAUUAGAAGUGAUGCCCAGGGAGAAGUGAUUGAGAGCCUUUUGCCAUUGGUGGACAGCUUUGAGAGAGCGAAACAACAAUUGAAACCAGAAACAGAAAAGGAAAAGAAGAUUGAUACAAGUUACCAGGGUAUAUACAAGCAGUUUGUGGAGAUUAUGAGGAGCUUGCAGGUGGUUGCUGUAGCAACAGUUGGAAAGCCAUUUGAUCCUGCGAUGGGGCUAUGCUCGAAAGAUUUAUGAUGCAUGCUGUUGUUCGUAAUACGCCUAAGAAUAUGAUGCAAGGAUUAUCAGAAUCCCUUCAACAGAAUAGGGAACAAGGAAUUAAUCGAGUUGAUUUUACUUUUCUGGAUGCAGCUGCAUGAGGCCAUUGCACGCGAAGAGUCACAAAUAUACGAGGAAGGCGUUGUAAUACAAGAAUUGCGGCGUGGUUUUCUUCUUUCGAAUCGGCUUCUAAGACCAGCAAUGGUCAAAGUAUCUGAUGGACCUGGUGGGAAGAAGGCCCCUCUCAGCAGUGAGCAACCUGCAACAGCAGCUAAAGUGGAUGGCAGAUAGUAUAGUUGCAAUCUCAGUUUCUAAAAUGGGGAAUUCUAUUUUGUUCAACCAUUGUUGCUUUAACAGCUUGAGGACCCCAUUUUUUCCCCCAAAAUUAUCUUAUUCCUUUUACAUUUGGGGAAUUAAAAAUGUUAUUCUGUGCUGUCCUGACUAUGGAAUCCAGUUUUUAGGUCUUACAAACAGAUGCUGACAUUUUUGGUUUAGGAAAACCAAGUCACACUUUUUGAUACAAGUAUGAGAACACACGUUAUCCAAUUGAAUCAUCUUUUAAGUGUGACAA